AUCUCCAAAAUUGGUCUUUUCACUACUUUAUUAAAGAUCCCAAUUUCUAAGUAAAUGUUUUCGACACGUUUUCCUUUGUUUUGUUCGGUUUGGCAGCACACUCCACUUGCUUAAUAUUAUUAUGAAUCCAUAUUAUGGGUGGAGAAUGAAGAUUGUAGUUUUCAUCAUUUGACCAGCUUCUAACACUUUUUCUUGUCAAAGUCAACGAUCUUAUCUUUCAUGGAACAUCUUCAGAGGGGUAUACACAAGCAUUUGAAGUAAGUUUAACCUUCUAACUUCUAUCAUCUGAGGCAAGUCUUUUGGUUCUGGUCUUGAGAGCAUGAAGCUCAACGCUUUACUUUUACCUAUCUUUUGGGUUUUUCUACUCUUUACACAAGAAUUCUGUUCCAAUGGAUUCUUUAAACCCAAUAGUACAUACGAGUUAAACCGCCGUCUAGUCCUCUCUACUCUUGCUUCUAAUGUCACAACUCACGGUGGAUUCUACGACUCCUCGAUCGGACAAAAUCCCAAUAGAAUCUUCAUCAGUGGCAUGUGCAUCCCUGGAACUAAACCAGAGACUUGCUCAGAUUGCAUCAAAGGCGCAACAGACAGUUUGUUAAGGAGUUGUCCUAACCAAACAGAAGGUUAUACGUGGCCAGAUUGUUGUAUGGUACGUUUUUCUAAUAUUUCUUUCCCUGGAUCAUACGAUUUAGAACCAUCUCAAGUGCUGUCCAGUACAGGAGAUAUCAAAUCUAAUGUAACAGUAUUUGAUAAAAUCGGGGAAGAUUUAAUGGCCCGUACCAUAACUCCAGAUCCAUUGAGGUCUCUUGGACAUAAGUAUUAUGCAGCUGGUGUUGCUUUAUUGUCAACAAGUCAAAUUGUAUACGCGAUGAUGCAAUGUACACCGAAUGUUCCUCCGGGGAUUUGUGGGUUUUGUCUUAGGUCCAAUCUUGAUGAUUAUGAGUCAUGUUGUCGCCAUAAACAAGGUGGUGCUAUUGUAACAUCAAGUUGCUUUGUCCGGUGGGAUUUGCAUCCUUUUGCUGGAGCUUUCGAGAAUAUUACUUUGCCACCGCCUCAACAGCAGUCUCCGCCACCGCUUUCUUCAACUCCUGUACACGAUCAGGAAAAUACAACCAGCAAAGAUGGAAAAACAAUAUCGAUAAGCGUUGUUGUGGCGAUUGUUGUCCCUACAGUUGUUAUCUUGGUACUUCUUGUAGGAUUUUUGGUUAGCAGGAGAAGGCAACUAUACCAAACUGUUGAAAUUCAAGUUGGUGAUGAGAUCACAACUAUACACUCGGUGCAAUUCGAUUUUAAGACUAUCGAAGCUGCAACUGAUAAGUUUUCUGACAGUAACAUGAUCGGGCGAGGUGGAUUCGGCGAAGUUUACAAAGGAAAACUUUCAACUGGAACCGAAGUAGCGGUGAAGAGACUGUCAAAAACAUCAGGACAAGGCGCCCAAGAGUUCAAGAGCGAGGCUGUUCUUGUGACAAAGCUUCAACAUAGAAAUCUGGUUAGGCUUUUUGGAUUUUGUUUGGAAGGAGAAGAAAAGAUCCUAAUCUACGAGUUUGUACCCAACAAAAGUCUUGACUAUUUCCUGUUCGAUCCUGCAAAGCAAGGCGAACUGGACUGGACAAGACGAUACAACAUUAUUAGAGGGAUUGCUCGAGGAAUCCAAUAUCUUCAUCAUGAGUCUCGUCUUACAAUCAUACACCGUGAUCUCAAAGCUAGUAACAUUCUUUUAGAUGCUGACAUGAACCCCAAAAUCGCAGAUUUUGGCAUGGCAAGGAUUUACAGAAUUGAUCAAACUCAUGCCAACACAAAUAGAAUCGUUGGAACAUAUGGUUAUAUGUCUCCCGAAUAUGCAAUGCGUGGUCAUUUCUCCAUGAAAUCUGAUGUCUAUAGCUUUGGAGUAAUGGUACUAGAGAUUAUAAGUGGUAAAACAAAUAGCAGCUUCUGUGACACUGAUGAUUCUCCUGGCAAUCUGGUCACACAUGCUUGGAAGCUUUGGAGAACAGGGUCACAAUUAGAGCUCGUGGAUCCGACAAUAAGAGAGAGUUCACCGAGUAAUGAGGCUAUUCUUAGAUGCAUCCAUAUCGCACUUUUAUGUGUUCAAGAACAUCCUAAAGACCGACCAAUGUUGCCAGCAAUCAUCGUGAUGCUCACUAGUAACGCAGACACUUUACCUGUGCCUCGCGCACCGGGCUUUUUCCUCUCGAACAGGAGUGGCAAGUCUAUUCCUGGUUCUAUCAAUGAUGUAUCGAUCACAGAUCUAGACCCUCGUUAAAGAAUAUACAUCAUUUUCUUGUGUUACAUAUACAAACAUUGUACAAAACAAGAAACACAUUUUUGGAUAUAGAUAUUCAUCGGUGUUUGUGAAUCCAUUUAAACGGAAAUGAA